ACUACCCCGCUCACUCUUCCCACGACCUCCAUCGAACUCUCUGCUCCCCCUCCCAGACAGCCACCUCCCAUGCCCCGCACCACUUCCCUCCCCCACCUUCUCCGGAGCAGCAACCCCAACCCUCUCCACCUUCUCCGGUGGCGCCGCCCACCACCUCCUCCGGCCGCGCCCGACGAGGCCACCUUCUACGCUGGCUGCCGGCCGCCCUCGGCCCUCGGCGCGGCCUCAGCCACCAGAUCCGGCCACCACGACCAUUGGUGCGGCCACAAAUCAUGGAUCCAUCCGCCGCACACCCUCGGGGGGGGGGGGGGGGGGGAAGCCGUCCUCUCAUGCAGCCCAGCGCCUGAUCCGGCGAGCUCCACACCGGUGCCUCUGUACCGCGCCGCCGAGGCCCGAGUCGUCCUCUCCCUCUCCGGCAGGGAGGCCCCGUCGAGCAACUCCCCCGCUUGCCACCGGGAGGAGGCCGCCCGUGGCGGAUCCGAUGAGCCAACCCACCUCCUCAUCUCCCUCGCGGCGGAUCCGACGAGCUCUAUCACCAUGCGCCAGCGGGCGGACCCCCUCCCUCCUCCACUCACGGCGUCGUGCGCAUGCGGCGGCACCACCGUUUCUCCUAGCCGCCCCCCCCGCGUAUGUGAUCUAGCAAGGGCAGUAGCUACAGGUCUAGGCAGCGGCAGCUCCUCCGAUGCGCGGUUCAGGCAGUUUGGCUGUUUAGUUCGCCGGGGACUUCCGCAUCAGAGAGGCACGGCGCGACUAGCCACCACCGCAACUUGGCCCUUCUCUGUCGCUAGAGCAGCAUGAGCGUGCCGGUGCAGUGCACUGCGACUCCGCAUGCAGUGCAGAUCGGGGUGGAUCUGGGCCGCCACACACCUGGCAUCCCCACUAGACCUCUACCUUUCUCUGAACUUCACUGCAUGUAGUGUCGGUGACUGUAGCAUGCAGUGCAGCUCGCCCCGGCGUGCACCUCACCCCUUGACCCGGCGUGCACCAACUCCUCUAUUCAAUGUGCACUUCUCUAGGGACACAAUUUCAUUUUGGAGCUAUUUUUGUUUCAGAUUUUGCCAAUGCAGUGCGAGCGAUUUGUGUCUGAAGGACCUGAUCUACUCAUGGCCCUCUCCCUGCUCCUUCUUCUACCCUACUUUUUUACUUCUUCAACCCCCGUGGCCUUCGAAGAGAAUUGAAGUCUGCUCGCAACGGGUAUGCAGUGCACGGCCUGAUUGUUUGCAGUUUCCGGAUUCUAGUGGGCUCUAGAAUCUACUCGACAUCGACGAACAGGCAAAAACACACGAGUGACAACGAGGCUGCUAUUGCAGGUCACUUUUUACAUUUGGGAGCGAGACGGACUACUGCACAACAUUUUUUGUUGUUUGUGGGAGAGGGGAGAAACAACAGAAAAAAGAAAAUGUAAAACUGUUAUGCAGUGCAGUUUUGUUGUUCACAUAUGUGUAUCUAUGUUAUUGUGCAGCUGGCCUGCCUCUAGGAGCCGCCACCAGUGCCCUGAUCGGCCUGGCUAUGGAAUGAGAGGUUCAUUUUGUAGUGGUGGUGUGGUUCGCUUUGUAAAAAAGGAGAAAAAGAAAUUCUCAUGAGAGGUUCACUUCUCUUUCUAAUGCAUCUUGUUUUCUUUGUGGGACGAUUGAAAAAAGUAGUUCACUACA